AUGAACUGGGCACUCAACAAUCAUCAAGAAUCAGAAAACCCAGAAGAGAAGAAGCAACGAAGAACCGAAAUCUCUGAGUCGGCGGCGAAAAGGAGCGAUUUUUAUCAGCCGAGGAAAAUCGAUUUUUGGCGUUCAGGGCUAAUGGGUUUCGCGAAGAUGCAGCAGCAACAGGAGCUUCAGCAUUCAGUGGCGGUGAGGAUGAGCAAUCACAAUAUUAACAAUAACGAUCAAAUGGGUAAUAAAAAGGGGUCAACUUUCAUACAAGAACACCGAGCGCUGCUACCAAAGGCUCUGAUUCUGUGGAUCAUCAUUGUUGGGUUUUUGAGCAGAGGGGUUUACCAGUGGAUGGAUGAUUCUAACAAGAUUCGAAGAGAAGAGGUUUUGGUGAGCAUGUGUGAUCAAAGAGCAAGGAUGUUGCAGGAUCAAUUUAGUGUUAGUGUUAAUCAUGUUCAUGCUCUGGCCAUUCUUGUCUCCACUUUCCAUUACCACAAGAACCCAUCUGCAAUUGAUCAGGAGACAUUUGCGGAGUACACAGCAAGAACAGCAUUUGAGAGACCAUUGCUAAGUGGAGUGGCAUACGCAGAAAAAGUAGUGAACAAUGAGAGGGAGAUGUUUGAGCGUCAGCAUAAUUGGGUUAUAAAGACAAUGGACAGAGGAGAGCCUUCACCGGUUAGGGACGAGUAUGCUCCUGUCAUAUUAUCUCAAGAUAGUGUCUCUUAUCUCGAAUCACUCGAUAUGAUGUCAGGAGAGGAGGAUCGUGAGAACAUUUUGCGAGCUAGAGAAACCGGAAAAGCUGUGUUGACAAGCCCUUUUAGGUUGUUGGGUUCUCACCAUCUCGGAGUUGUGUUGACUUUCCCUGUCUAUAAAUCUUCUCUUCCUGAGAACCCUACUGUCCAAGAGCGUAUUGCAGCCACUGCAGGGUACCUUGGUGGUGCGUUUGAUGUGGAGUCUCUGGUUGAGAAUUUACUAGGUCAGCUUGCGGGUAACCAAGCAAUAGUAGUGCAUGUGUUUGAUAUCACCAAUGCGUCAGAUCCACUUGUCAUGUAUGGCAAUCAAGACGAAGAAGGCGACACAUCUCUCUCUCACGAGAGCAAGCUUGAUUUCGGAGACCCUUUCAGGAAACACAAGAUGAUUUGCAGGUAUCACCAAAAGGCGCCAAUACCGUUGAACGUGCUCACGACUGUGCCAUUGUUCUUUGCGAUUGGAUUCUUGGUUGGUUACAUACUGUACGGUGCAGCUGUCCACAUUGUUAAAGUGGAAGAUGAUUUCCACGAAAUGCAAGAGCUUAAAGUCCGAGCAGAAGCUGCUGAUGUCGCCAAAUCACAGUUUCUUGCCACAGUGUCUCAUGAGAUCAGGACACCGAUGAAUGGCAUCCUCGGAAUGCUUGCUAUGCUUCUUGACACAGAACUUAGCUCGACGCAGAGAGAUUACGCACAGACCGCACAGGUUUGUGGUAAAGCACUGAUUGCGUUGAUAAACGAGGUUCUUGAUCGUGCCAAGAUCGAAGCUGGCAAGCUGGAAUUGGAAUCUGUGCCUUUCGAUAUCCGUUCAAUACUAGAUGAUGUCCUUUCUCUCUUCUCUGAGGAGUCAAGGAACAAAGGCAUUGAGCUUGCGGUUUUCGUUUCUGACAAAGUACCGGAGAUAGUAAAAGGAGAUUCAGGGAGAUUCAGGCAGAUAAUCAUAAAUCUCGUUGGGAAUUCGGUUAAAUUUACAGAGAAAGGUCAUAUCUUUGUGAAAGUCCAUCUCGCAGAGCAAUCAAAAGAUGGAGCUGAGCCAAUGAAUGGAGCUUCUGAAGAAGAAAUGGUUCUUGUUUCCAAACCGUCAAGUUACAACACGUUGAGCGGUUACGAAGCAGCCGAUGGAAGAAACAGCUGGGACUCGUUCAAGCAUUUGGUCUCGGAGGAGGAGCUGUUACCGGAGCUUGACGUUUCCGGUAACGUCAGGCUUAUGGUUUCGAUCGAAGACACAGGUAUCGGAAUCCCUUUGGCCGCGCAAGGCCGGGUCUUUAUGCCGUUCAUGCAAGCGGAUAGCUCGACUUCGAGAACCUAUGGAGGUACAGGGAUUGGUUUGAGUAUAAGCAAGUGUCUUGUGGAGCUCAUGCGAGGUCAGAUAAGUUUCAUAAGCCGGCCUCAUAUAGGAAGCACGUUUUGGUUCACCGCGGUUUUCGAGAAACGCGGCGCGGUUAACGGUUUGAAGAAGCCGAAUGUUGAGUAUCUGCCGUCUACUUUUAGAGGGAUGAGAGCUCUUGUUGUUGAUGCUAAGCCCGUUAGAGCCGCUGUGACUAGAUACCAUAUGAAACGACUCGGUAUCAACGUUGAUGUCGUGACUAACCUCAAAACCGCGGUUGCUGCGGCGGCCGCGUUUUCGAAAAACGGAGCAACGAAAACGCAGCUUGAUAUGAUCUUGGUAGAGAAAGAUUCAUGGAUCUCAACGGAAGAUAUCGACGACGCGGAGAUACGUCUGUUGAAUUCGAGAAGCAACGGAAACGUGCACCACAAGUCUCCGAAGCUGGCUCUGUUCGCGACGAACAUCACGAACUCGGAGUUCGACAGAGCGAAAUCGGCGGGGUUUGCAGAUACUGUGAUAAUGAAGCCACUGAGAGCAAGCAUGAUCGGCGCAUGUUUACAGCAAGUUCUUGAGCUGAGGAAGACGAGGCAACAGCAUCCCGAGGGAUCGUCGCCUGCAACGCUCAAGAGCUUGCUUACAGGGAAGAAGAUUCUCGUGGUUGAUGAUAAUAUAGUAAACCGGAGAGUAGCUGCAGGAGCUCUCAAGAAAUUUGGAGCAGAAGUGGUUUGUGCAGAGAGUGGUCAAGUUGCUUUGGGUUUGCUUCAGAUUCCUCACAGUUUUGAUGCUUGCUUCAUGGAUAUUCAAAUGCCUCAAAUGGACGGAUUUGAAGCGACUCGUCAAAUAAGGAUGAUGGAGAAGGAAGCGAAAGAGAAGACGAAUGUGCAAUGGCAUUUACCGAUUCUAGCGAUGACCGCCGAUGUGAUCCACGCGACGUACGAGGAGUGUCUCAAAAGUGGAAUGGAUAAUUACGUCUCUAAGCCUUUCGAAGAAGAGAAUCUCUACAAAUCUGUCGCCAAAUCAAUGAAAGCUAACCCGAGCUCAGAUUCUGUCGUCGUAGAUAGCCCAGAAGGGAAACAAAUCUGA